AUGGCCUCUGAUCCGAACGAUUCGCCACUUCUACAAUUGCCAACCGAGUUGAUUCAGCACAUUCUCUCUUACGUGGAACCUCACGAUCUCGCCCAAGCCGCGCAGACAUGUCGCCACCUCCAAAUCCAGAGCUACGAUGACCUCCUAUGGCAACCUAUUGUCAACCGAUCACUUCCGACACCAAUACCAACACCAGGGCCGACCAAAUCGUUCCGCGACCUCUACGUGGCACAUCAUCUCCACUGGUUUCUCGUCAAGCAUCGGAUUUGGAUUGGCGAUUCGGAGCCAGGUGGCAAAUUGUUGCUUGCUCGCUACAACGAGAGCACAGGCUCCAUCGAAGGCAACACCGUAGUUGCCACGAGAGGUGUUCCAAAGGCGUCGUUAUGGGAGAAAGACCCAAUCGUUAUAGUCCACAGCUUUGAGCCUCGGAUCUCUCUGGACACCAAUCGACCAGCCGUGAAGCUCGACAUCGACAGCUCGGACGCAGACCCGCCGAACGAUCAGCCAGCUGAUCGAGCAUAUGCAGCUCAUUCGACUUACAGUAAGGAAACGCUGAUGGGGACGGUUGCCGAGUCUGGCCUUUACAGCUCGCUCAUGCUAUGUCGAGCUCUGCCGUCGAGUGCCAUUACCGGCAGUACGUAUGUCUGGCCGCCCCUGAGAAUCCCUGCGCCUAGUCGGACGAGAAAUGUAAGUCAAGAUGGGUACAACUCUGUUGGUCACCGCCCCACGCGGCUGUCAGAGGUCAGUCACAAUAAUUUCAGGCUGAGAAGAUGGGUUGAAUAUACUGGCCGCCGCACGAAUCCGAACUUCAUCUUCGGCUCAGGAGGCGGCAUGUCGGCUACUCUGGGUAUUAACAUGCCAUACUUCGCUCCAGGAAUGGAAUCGACCGUUGGAGGAGGCAUGACAAUACGGAUGCCAGAGGACAUCACGACAUAUGCCACUCUCCCGGAGUCGUGCUACAUUCCAACACCACAAAAACCAUGGCAAGGCAUCUGGUGCGGCGAUUACUCAGGGCAUGGAGCCGAAUUCCUCCUCAUCACACAGCCCGAUGCCAGGGACGAGAGCCCCCUCCCACGAGGCACAAACUGGCUCCGCCGUUGGUUCAGGGGCAACCGCAGAGACAGCGACAGCAGCAACGCCAGUUUCGUCAGCGCCGUCGAGCACAUGGACACCGACGACGAAUCCCACUCCCCCGAAGACGUCGACACAUUCGAAGCCCCUGGACCACGGCUUGAUGGCUUCAGGCGUCCACCUGUCGAUACCAUCGUCGGCGAUACGCAGGACUAUGAUGAUGUCCCCACAGGACGUCUCGAGGCGAUCAAGUUGACAGGUGAUCCGAAUGUUCCCCGCGGGGAGUACACGUUCAUUGCGCCUGAUAUCGGACACGGAGGCUUCGUGCGGAUUGCGGACGAAGAGCUGUUUAGGGGCGCACGAGUGGUUCGUAGUGCGGGCCAUAUUGCUGGGAGGGGGUUUACUCAUGAUCAGUACACCCCGUCACAACUCAUCAUGGUGUCUCACGACACACUGGCCCAGUUCUGGCAGGGCUUCGGACAUAUUUCCUAUUACAAGCGGGUGGAUUUGGAUGCUCUUAUGGAGUGUCAAUGA